AUAAUUCCACAUCUACUAGUGAGGCCUGGGUUAGUUUGUGUCAUUGAAGCAUCGUGGUUCUCAGCAGGUCUCCUCUAACUAGCCAUAGAAGUGUGAUACAUUUUGUAGUUUAGUGUCAAGCAGAAAAAAAAAGAAAGAAAUCCGACAUGGUCCGUUAACUUUGAACCAGCUUGAUAACCGUUAAACAUGUUGACGUCGUGGGUGCGAAACGGGAGGAAAAUAUCGGUCCCUGCUGCCAGGCUGUGCGCCUUUGCAGUCGUUAAGAAGUCACCAGAACCGCGGACUCUGACUGGAAGCCCGGAUUUGUCACAGCAUCCUUUAUCCAGGUUUCUCACACAGACUGCCUGGCGGCUGCCCGCGGGUCAACAUGCCAGGUCUGUGUCCCUGUCAGCCUCCUCCCGACGGGACACGGACCCGCUGGACCCCUCUUCUCCACCUGAUUGGGAAAACUUCGGCUCCCUGUCCACCGAUAUGGCGUCCAGAAGGUCGUUCAGGAAAAGCGGCCCAGGCCUCAGGGACCUGCAGUACCGGGAAGACGGCACCGGGGACGAAGAAGAGCAAGGAGAGGCUGCUAAACCUCGGAGGAGGCCCGGGAGGAGAAAUACACCGUACUGGUACUUCUUACAAUGCAAAAAGCUCAUCAAAGAGAAGAAGCUGCAGGAAGCUCUGGAUUUGUUCAGCAGAGACAUGCUGCAGGGAGAGAGGCUGCAGCCUGAGGAGUACAACUACACGGUGCUGAUUGGAGGCUGUGGGCGAGCUGGACAGCUGAAAAAGGCCUUCAAACUCUACAAUGAUAUGAAGAAGCGUGGUCUCGAUGCUAACGAUGCGACCUACACCGCACUCUUCAACGCGUGCGCCGAGUCGCCUUCAAAACAGGCCGGCCUUCAGCAAGCACUGAAGCUAGAGCAAGAGCUCCGGCGCAAAAACCACCCCCUCAGCACAAUCACGUACCACGCUCUUCUGAAGGUGCACGCUGUCACCAACCACCUUCAAGCCUGCAUUCAGACGCUCAGGGAGAUGCUGGAGAAUGGACAUGCUGUAACUCAGGAGACCUUUCACUACCUGCUGAUGGGCUGCUUUAAGGACAAAGAAACAGGAUUCAGAUUGGCUUUACAGGUGUGGCGCCAGAUGCUGCGGUCAGGGAUUCUUCCUGACUCAAAGAACUAUAACCUGCUCCUGAGGACUGUCAGAGAUUGUGGACUUGGUGAUCCCGCCUUGGCCACUGCCAUUCUGCUGAGGACUGACUGUGAGAAAGAGAGCAAAGAUGUGUCAGAGUCCAGGCGCAAGGAUGUUAUAGACAUCGACCUUCUUGAGAGACAGCUGUUUAUCCAGCCUGAUCCAAAGCAAGAUAGUAGCGAGGAGUUCAACAGCAGGCAAGACUCAACACACUUGAUACCAGUCAGACAAACAGAAAAUGUCUCAUUACCCGUUGAGUUAGCAGCUGAUUCCUCCGCUCCUAACCUGCUGGAACUUUUUGAGGGUAAAAGAGGCACUGUGGUCUCCCUCGGCACUGUAGAUGAAGCAUCUGACAGGCUCGCCCUCAUUGGUGGCGCUAAGGGUUUCUUGGAGAAGAUGGAAGCUAAUGGACUCAGUCCAGACCUCAAGACUCUGACCCUGCUGGCUGACACGAUGGAGCCGGGCUACCAGUCUCUGCAGGUGCUGUUAAAGGUCGCCAAAGAGCAUCGGGUGAAGCUUGACAUCGCGUUCUUCAACUCGGUGAUUCGCAGAUCAGCCAGAGCCGGUGACCUGGAAGGGGCAAAGGCUGUUCUGAGUGUGAUGCGGCAGCGCAAUGUAAAUGUGGACUUGCAGACAUUUGGAUGCCUUGCAUUAGGCUGCGACCGACAGAAAGAUGGUCUUCAGUUGCUGAAAAACAUCGAGGAAGCAGGACUGAGGCCUAACGUCCACGUGUUCUCUGCUCUGAUUGGCCGAGCAAGUCGCAGACUGGAUUACGCCUACCUCAAAACAAUCCUGAAAAGCAUGAGUGACAUGAAAGUGUGGCCUAAUGAGGUCAUCAUCAGACAGCUGGAGUUUGCUGCACAAUAUCCUCCAAAUUACGACCAGUACAAAUCCAGAAACAACUAUCUGGUCCAAAUUGACGGUUUCCGUGGUUACUACCAGCAGUGGCUCAGGCACAUGCCUGCUCAGAGCGCCGAGGAGACGCAGGCGGAGCUGCAGUCCCAGACAGAUGCUGCAGCGCUGACAACAGAGGCGGCAGAUGGACUGACGGAGACCCAGAGGAACCAGAGAGCAGCAGCCAGGAGAUAUCAUACUCGUAAGAGGGACAAGACGAGCAGCAGCGUGUCCGCUGUAUAACUGAACACCGCAGGAAAUCGCCACCGCUCCAUGAACCGCUGCUUGUUUUCGAUGAACUUUACGAAUCAAAAUGUCAAAAUAGUGGCUCGUGUGUUCGCUUUGUUCUUGAAAGAGUGACGUCAUUGUAUUUUAUAUUGAUACAUUAAACCUCCUUCUUUCCA